GAUCUCAUCCGGGAAUGGCAUCGCGCCUCAAAAGAGGAGGUGGAUUUCUUGCUGGAGGCCAAGAAUGCCACACACGCAGCACGCGCGUUGCAGAAGCACGCGAUCGACGUGGCCUGCCCAAUGCCCAUCUCAGAGCAUUGUGGCAAAAGAGUCCUGACCAUGGUCUUCAUCGAAGGUUGGAAGAUCACCGACUUGGACAAGAUGCCCUACGGCACGGACCGGGAGACUAUGGCACGCAACUUGGUGCACGCCUUCGCCGUCCUGGUAUUCCAGGAAGGCCUCAUUCACGGAGAUCCACACCCAGGCAACGUGUUCGUUGAGCCCGUAUCCUCCAAGAAUGGUGGCACUCAAGUCGCCCGCGUACGACCUGUCCUGUUGGACUGGGGCAUCGUCAAGCGUUUGGAGCCCCGCGAGCGCGUAGCGGCUGCCAAAUGGAUCGUGGCAACCCUGGCCCAGGACAGGUUGCUCUACACCACCAGCUUGCUGGAGCUGGGUUUCGAGUUUGAUGCGGACCCAGACAUGGCCGAGUUUGCGACGUUUGUGGAAGCAUCUCUUGGCCAGUGCGCCUUCAUGUUCCGCGACUCCAUACCCAGCAACUCCCAGAUGAACUUCCUGCAACAGAUGCAGCAGCACCAGGAGAAAGCAGAGAGCCAAGAAGGCAACAAGAUGGGCAAGGACCAGACCCCUGAGAGAACCAUAGAAAUUAGAUCCCUACAGUAUAUAGACCCAGAAUAG